AUGGACAGAGAAAAUAAAAAUUCAAAUAAUAAACAUAAAAGCCAUUAUGACCAAAGACAUCGUAGCAAGUCUAGAAUAUUGCGAACAAAUCAAUCAGAAUGUUUAGAAAACAAUGCAUUUAUAUCAUUGAAACGACAUACAAAACAGUUGAAUCUAAGUAAUUCUAAUCCACAAGAUCAGCAGAGACAAAUUCCAAAUAAAAACUCCUAUUAUAGCAAUAAUAAUAAUGCAAAUUCAAGUAAUCAUAAUCCGCGAGAACAAUGGAGAACAAAAUCAAUUAAUAAACAAGAGCAAUGGAAUGAUAAACAUGAUUCAUUGAAAAAAAAUUCCAAUUAUAGUACUUGCAAUAAUAAAUAUGGUUCAG